AUGAUGAAUCAUCAAGAUCAAGAUGAAUUAGGUGAAUAUAACGAUGUUCCUUUUUAUAAUAAUUCAUCAACUUCACAACAAUAUGAUCAUGAUUUCGAUAGCGAUGCGUUACGGCUUGAUAGUUUUAUAACAACAAACGAUCCGAACCAUUUAUUAAGUUCAUUUAGUUUUAUAACAACAAACGAUUCAACCUAUUCACCAAAUGAAACUUAUAUUCCUCGAAAAAAUGACUAUAAUCAUAAUACAGUUGAUCUCUUUGAUGAUUUAAUUUCAAUGACAAAUCCUGUUGAUCAAAAUGGCAGUUCUACGUCAAAUUCUACUUUAAAUUUUGAAUCAACUAGAAAUAAAGAAUUCAACUUUGGUUAUAUUCCUGUUGAAAAUACACGAAAAAAAGGUUUAGAUCAGGAAUUUCAAGAAAAUUUAAUUAAAAUUGAUCUUAUUCAAUGUCAAUUUGUGUACCCUUCCAAAAAUCAAAGUUCUAUCAAGACAACUGAAGCUGGAGAUAUGGCAUUUCUUUAUCGCUGUGACCAGGAUGUGGUGUCGGUUUGUUUUAACAAAAUGCAACAUGAGGCAGCAAUCCCAUUAAGCGAAAUUAUUGGUUUCUGUACCAAUGAAGGAAAAAUUCUUAUAAAAUUGAAGAAAAGUUAUCAACAUUCCUUUAAGCAUCAUCUUGGAGGUUUUCCAUAUCUUCUUGAUCCUACUCCAAUGAUUUAUGAUCCAUCCAAUAACAAAUUUGAUGGUGCACAAUCUUUAUUGUUAUUUCCUCAUUCUUUAAAGCCUUCCGCCUUAACAUCACUAGAAUUACGUAUCGAAAGAUUAUACUUUAUGAAACACGGAAUUCGUAAUGAAGCCAUCAAUGAUGAUGGACCAAAGGUUCGUUGUAAAGCUAAUGAAUCAAUUGCAUUUCCUAUUAAUGCCCCAUUUCAUAGAUUAUUAAUUGUUAUCGAGAGUAGAUUUGGAAAGAAAUCUCCUACUCUUAGUUACUUGAUUGGUAGAGAUGAUUUGAUUCCAAUAAAUAACGAUGAAACUUGGCAGAAAAUAAAAGCUGAAGCUUCAGAUGAUAAUCCUUUGUUGAGAUUGGAACUUCAUGUUGAUAAAUGA